AUGCGUAUCUUGAUCGUUGGUGCUGGCCCCGCCGCUCUGGCGCUUGCCCACUCUUUAGAGAAGGCUGGAUUGCAUGACUUCCUUAUCCUUGAGAGGCGUUCCGAAGUCGUUGUCCCAGAGGGAAACACCCUUGGGAUCUGGCCUCAUUGUAUACGCAUCCUUGACCAGUUUGGACUCAUGGAACAAGUAAAAAAGCUCACAAGCGUUUUAUACCGUACUCUUUUCCUCUCUCCUGACGGUACCGUGUUACAAGAGAACAAGAUGUAUGACAGUAUCGAAGCAAACCAUGGACAUCGGUUUGUCUUAUUCAGCCGAAAGGAUUUUAUUAAAAUGCUAUACGACAGUGCUCCUGCCCGUUCUGACAGGAUACUGGUCAAUAAAGAAGUCACAAACAUACAGGAGGACGAAAACGGUGUCAAAGUGACUUGCAGCGAUGAUACAAGCUAUGAGGGCGAUAUUCUCAUUGGUGCGGAUGGAGUACGCAGUAUCGUGCGCCGGCAGCUGUUUAACGAAGGCGAUAAGAAGAUGCCCGAAGGUUUCACAUCUACCUUCAAGGCAGUAUAUGGAAUAGGGCCGUUAAUUCCUGGAAUGCAGGCUGGAGAUGGAGUGACCAUCCAUGGACAUGAUGGAAAUUCGACAUUGGUCUUUGUGGGCGACAAAAGCAUUUAUUGGUUUCUUUUCGUCAAAAGAGACAAGCCAACCCAAGCCUGGACCAGCUACAGCAAAGAAGAUGAAGCUGAUAUAUUCAAGGAAUUUGCCGACGUUAAAAUUAACGCGGAUGGCUCCGUCCGUGUCAGCGAUCUAGAGAAGACAGCGGAAUUUUCGAAACUGGUCGACUUGGAAGAAGGCGUCAUACCGCAAUGGUACAAGGGACGAACUGUGCUGGUCGGCGAUGCGGUUCAUAAGAUGACACCUUAUGUGGCACUCGGUAUUAAUACUGGUCUCGAGUCGGUCGUUGUCUUGACUAACGAGCUUCGGAAGCUCGGCGAGAAUCCAUCAGCCAAAGAAAUUGCGCAGGCCUUCGAGGCAUAUCAAGAACAAAGAUUUGAGCGUGCAAAGCUCUGCGUAGCAACAUCUGGAAAAACCUGCCGAGUGAUGGGUUGGCCAAAUUUGAUUGCUCAGUUCGUCUGUCGAUAUGUGAUGCCCUGGUGCGGAGCUCGAUUGGUUGCAAAGACAUUGGCACCUAUUCUGAAGGACGCAGCUGUGCUCGAUAUUGUGGAAGAGACAAAUUACAAAGAGGGAAAGCUUCCCUGGAAGUUCCCUCAAAGAGCUUAG